CUGGUUUGUCAUCAGUUGUGGUUUGCAGCAAAAGUAAAAGUGAGUCAUUGACUUGAAGUGAAAAACCUUUCUUCGUUUCGUGUAAAAGUAAAUAAUCAAAUUAAAUACAAAAUGCCUUGCCCAUGCGGAACUGGUUGCAAAUGCGCCUCUCAAACUACUAAGGGUGGUUGCAAUUGUGGAACCGAUUGCAAGUGCGGCGGCGAGAAGCAAACCAAGUGCGGCUGCUCAUCCAAGUAAAGACUUUGGCCCAAAAGUAACAUGAAGCCAACUAUAGAAUU